AUGUCGACCACCUCUGUCUCUGAGAUCGCGAGUCGACGUGCUCCAAAGCCAACAGUUUCCUCCAUAACACUUCUCGCUCCUCCUGCACCCCCAAGCAAUCCGACGCCGUCCUCUGCUCCGCCGCCCUCUGCUCCGCCGCCCUCGUCGAGCUCUUCUGGCCCGACCCCCCAACAGGCUCCUCAGAAAGGUCCUCUCUUCAAAGUACACCCUUCAAGCUUCUUCAAGUCUCCUACCUUUGAUUAUUCCAUUCCUGACUCGAAGAAGGCCACCCUAGGUCACGCCGACCGUAUCAAACUUAGCCUCAAGCUCGAAGCGGCAUACAUGGCUAAAUGCGGCGCGCUCACCAAGGCCAUCCGGCGCACCGCCAAAGCCGAAGAAGAGUAUUACGCCAAGGUCCAGCAUGAGCUCCAGGUCCUCGCCCACGCCGCAGAGAUGGGCCAACCCUCCACUUGUCUCGACCCGCAAAAUGCGUACGACCUCGCAAGCGCAACGCACGCCGUCUUCGUCUCUGAGCAGAAGAUGGUGAAGCGAAGGGUGGAGGAGAACGAGCUCCGGGUCAAAUUGCUGAAGGACGAGCUGAAGAGGGUGAAGGCGAGGGUGAAGGCGGCUGAGCGGCAGUUCAAUGGAUUGCUUGAGGCGUUCAAAAAGGAGGGUAUACCGGUGGAUGAUUUUAAGUCCUCCAUGCAGACCCCGGCCGGCGUAGGAAAAGAAGAUCUCGACGAAAAAGAGAGCGAAGAUAGCGACUCGGAAAUGAUGGAGGGCAGUGUUGAAGGAAGCGAUUCAGAGGACACUGGAAUGGGCUCUCAGACUGGGAGUGUCCUCGAUUCGUAA